AUGGGUAAUUGUCAUUCAAAUAAAAAGGCAUCUAACUUAUAUAGAGAUGACGAUGAUUCAAAUUUACCUUCUGGAACUAUUACUCCUCGAUUCUUUAAUAUGAGUCGAUCUAUACAAAGUAUUAACGAAACUUCAAAAAGUUCUUUUGAUACUGAUAUUUCGGAAGAGAAAAGACUUCAAUCGUUACAUGAUUAUAUGUCAAAUUUAUGGCAAUCUAAAUUCUUUUCUCCAAUGCAACAAAAAUUGGUUAGCGGUGCCGUUAAAGUUCUUGAUGUUGGUUGUGGAACUGGUGCUUGGAUCAUCGACAUGGCGAACAAAUACCCUCAUACAAAAUUUAUAGGUCUAGAUGUGUCUCCAACAUUUUCUAAUUCACCUCUCCCUUACAAUGUUGAAUUUGUACAAGCUGACCUGCUUAAGGGACUUCCAUUCGAUGAUAAUACGUUCGACUUUGUAUAUAUGAGUAACUUGGUUAGAUAUUUAUCGACAAAACAGUGGGAGGAUAUUGUAAUCAAAGAAUUGGUCAGAGUUUCAAAACCCUACGCAUUCAUAGAAGUAAUGGAAGGUGAUUUAACUUUACAUAACAAAGGCCCUGUCACUACUAAAUUACAUGAAGCUUUUCUCGCUUCUAUGCAUGCUAAAGGAAUUAGCCCAUUGAUCGAAACUAUCAUUACUAGAAUUUUUCAAACAAAUCCAUACUUGACAAAUUUUAAUGUGGAAACAAAAAUUGGCUACUUGAAUAUGUGGGACGGUUUACAGAACUUAGAAAAUGGGUUAAAAGUAUUCAAAAUGUUAAAAAAAUCAAAUCUAGAAUUCAUGUCUUCUACUCCAUCAGAAUACGAUGCUAUGCUUGAAAUUUUCACUUAA